AUGCUCCUUCCGUCUGCAUUUUCUUCUCUGAUGCCUACUUCUCCAAAACUAUGCAGAGCUAUGGUUCUUAGCUCUUGUUCCUUGGAUCAUUUUUAUCAGUUUUCUGAGGCACAGUCGUAUGAAUGGCCAAACGGGAGGAACAUCAUCUGCCAUAAGAAUAGUAUUGAUACUAGGAAGAAAAAUUACAGGACUCCAAAUGAAUUCACCAUUAUCCUUCUGCUCUAUAGACGAUAUGAUCAGCCGGUAUGUCUGCCAUUGGGGGAACUUCGUUCAGAUAUGUUUUUCACUCAGUUUCAACAACUGAUGUCCAUUCCAGCUGCUCCUGAGCUUUUAAUCACUGAGCCUCCGGUUUCGAUUUCUGCAAGUGCAGCAAGAACGGAGGAUGUCAUCAUCCAAGCACUGGGCCGUGGCUUUGACGUAACCUCUGACAUCAUGCCGCUGUACUGUAAAGGGGCUCCUGGUUCACGUUUGGUGCCUAUUAAUGAAGAGGAUACAAAGAAACUUGAGUUGUCUGAAUCUUAUGUGAUUCCUAACGUUUCUGUUGAUAUUGAGUGCUCCAAAGGCCAAAUUUCCAAUGACAUCACCCCAAUUUGGAGUUUCCACCAGCAGGCGACCCAUUCCAACUCCGACAACCUGUCGUCGUCUCUCUAUUGUCAACAUGCUGCCGCCGUCACCGCUACAGCAACUCGUCGUCUCUCUACUUCAGUCGUCGAUGCAGCAACUCGCAAGAAUGGUGGUCACAGUGAUGGCGGAUCUGGUUGUCGCGUUGAUUGCGGUGAUGGUGGUAGCGAUGAUGGUGGCGAAACCAGUUUGUUGUUGGAAAUGGUAGUUGUGGUUGUGGCCGAAAAUGGUGGUGGUUGUGGAGUGCUGGCUAUGAGCACUAGAGUUGCUGGGACUAUUGGGUAUAUGGCUCCUGAAUAUGCAAUGUGGGGUUACUUAACCUACAAAGCAGACGUGUACAGUUUUGGCGUGGUUGCACUAGAAAUUGUUGCUGGAAAGAACAACAUGAAAUAUCGUCCCAGUGAAAAUUUCUUUUGCCUUCUUGAUUGGGCUAUGGUUUUGCAGAAUGAAGGAAGGUUGAUGGAGAUCGUGGAUCCAAGGUUGGGUUCGAAUUUCAUUAUGGACGAGGCAGAACGAAUGAUCAAAGUUGCUCUAUUGUGCACCAAUUUAUCUCCGGCCCUAAGGCCUCCAAUGUCCACAGUUUGUGGCAUGCUUGAAGGACAUAUAAAUGUAGAGGAAUUUAAGAUAGAUCCAAGCAUCUAUGAAGAUGAAUUGAAGCUUCAAUCACUCAAAGAGAAGUUUGAAGAUUUGAAACCUAAUUCAAGGGAAACUCAGACCCUUUCUCAUCCUUCUGAUGCACGAGAAAUUGGCUCUUCGUCUACGUCUUCCAGAGAUCUCUAUCCAGUCAACCGUAAAUCUCUGUAA